AUGCUAACAGCUCGGCUUUUGGGGGCCCCGACCAGGAUUAUUAGACUCAGCAGAUCUUUUCAUACAUCACACGCCACAUUUCUGCCGAUCGUUCAAUUCAAAUUGUCUGACAUUGGCGAAGGAAUUGCAGAAGUUCAGCUGAAAGAAUGGUAUGUCAAAGAAGGAGACACAAUUUCCCAAUUCGACAAAGUUUGCGAAGUCCAAAGCGAUAAAGCUGCCGUCACCAUCUCUAGUCGUUAUGAUGGAGUUGUCAGAAAACUGUAUCACGAUGUCGACGCAAUGGCGAGAGUUGGUCAACCCCUCAUUGAUGUUGAAGUUGAAGGAUCUGUGGAAUCUGAACGUUUUACACGAAAGAGCAUUUCAGAAGCUGAAAAACCGACGAAUGAAUCUUCACCAGCUGCAUCAAUUCCUACCGCACCUUCUCAAGACACAGGAGAAAAUUUUAAUAUUGGAAAAGUGCUGGCAACACCAGCUGUUAGGCGAAUUGCAAUGGAAAAUAAGAUAAAAUUAUCUGAUGUUCGAGGCACAGGAAAAGACGGCCGCGUUUUGAAAGAGGACGUUCUUAAAUUCCUUGGAAAAGUUCCAGCAGAUCAUUCAUCGGGAUCUGUCAAUAUUCGUACAACCCAUCAGGCACCAAUUCAACAGGGAAAAUCCUAUGAAGCAUUGAAAGAAGAUGUGGUUAUUCCAAUUCGUGGAUACACACGUGCAAUGAUCAAAACCAUGACUGAGGCUCUCAAAGUCCCACAUUUCGGUUACAACGACGAGGUUAAUGUCGAUGCUCUUGUGAAAAUUCGCUCUGAACUAAAGGAACUAGCGAAAGAACGAAAUAUCAAGUUGAGCUAUAUGCCAUUCUUUAUCAAAGCGGCUUCUCUCGCAUUACUAGAGUUUCCUGGUUUGAACGCGACAACUGAUGAGAAACUUGAGAACAUAAUUCAUAAGGCUUCACAUAACAUUUGCCUCGCAAUGGAUACUCCAGGAGGACUCGUUGUUCCGAAUAUCAAAAACUGCGAACAAAGGAGCAUCUUCGAAAUUGCUCAAGAAUUGUCGCGACUUUUGGAAGCUGGAAAACGCGAGCAAAUUAGUAGGGAUGACUUGAUCGGAGGAACAUUCACAUUGAGUAACAUUGGCGCUAUUGGUGGAACUUACGCAUCUCCAGUCAUUUUCCCACCACAAGUUGCCAUUGGAGCGAUCGGCAAAAUCGAACGAAUUCCUAGGUUCGAUAAACACGAUAAUGUGAUCGCGGCGAGCGUUGUGAAAGUAUCCUGGUCAGCUGAUCAUCGGGUCAUUGACGGUGCCACAAUGGCUCGAUUUAGCAACAGAUGGAAAUUCUACUUGGAGCACCCUUCGGCAAUGCUUGCUCAACUGAAAUAA